CUGCGUCAAUAGGACCCUACAAAAUUAACAUAUUUUUCAUGUGUUUGGUCACUCAGACGAAUGACAGAACCAUCACUCAGAUGGUUUCCGUUUGGAAAAUUGACGCUAUUUGGAAUACAAGCUGUAGUAAUGGCCCAUGUUCCAGACCUUUCGUCACCUAUCCGUCAGCGUUAAGGAAAGACAAGAGAAAGCCGCCCCUACACUUUUGCCGUUGCAAACUGCAACUAAUCUCGUUCUUUCCAAUCUUAAUGAUUGUGUUAUGAGGAAGUAGAAGGGAAAAGGGACGAACCAGGUGUCCAAUUAGUGUCUGUAUAGUUACACCCAUCGACCGUAAUCGCCAGUUGGAAUCAAUUUGAAGCUGCUAGUCUGGAACAGACACAUGACCUGGUUAUUCUACUUUCCCCCUCACAAUCUCUUCAUUUCUUUUAUUUUGGUUGCUUAUCGUUUUGUCGUGUUGUUGGACAACUGGUUUUUUUUUUUUAUUAUUUAUUUAUUUAUUAUUAACGACUUGCCUGAGAUUUCAUUUUUUUUUCUGAAUUUAUUUAUUGCUGAGCUCAUCGUUCCGUGACAUCUCUACAUGUUCGAUUCCUAUCCAGGUGCCUAUAGUUGAGCUCUAAGAUUGAAACAUUUUCCAACAUUUUCAUUUGCCAGUUACGAAUGAAUUUGUCAAGUCAUUGAAUAUAACCGCGCGUGCUGGUUCUUUCGUGUCUCUACGAGCCCCCUUUUUCUUCUUUUACAGCGUUGUCCAUCUUUUCCUAAAUUGGAAAUGAGGAAGUAAUGUUUCUACUCUGCUCACGCUGUGACGCAAAAGAUAAUCAUUAAGGGAAUUCUCUAGUUAAUAUAUAAAUUUUUAGUUUGAUAAAAUAUCAUGGUUAAAUACAAUUCAGCGUGUGGGGGGGCAUGAUUGAUUAGCUGAUUGAAAAUUGACCAGCAGUGAUGGCGAAUGUUUGACGCAUCGUGCAACAAUAUUUCGAAAAGCAAACAGAGGAAAGUCUAAUGGAUUUUUACAGUUGUUGUGUCUAUUUUGCUACCAAGUUUAGUUUACUGUAAUCCUUUCCCACUGUAAAUCGAUAAUAAUGCAUUGGCAGUCCUGUACCCAGCAAACUUGUGUGACCUCGUAAUAUUCCAUAUGUGUCCCAUUCGAUUAGUAUCACACCAGAAGAAGAAUGCUUCCUGUUUGAAAACUCAUGUGUGUGCCAAAACGCUUGACAUUUAUUUACAAAUAGAGAGUAAGGUUCAAUGUUGGUCAGGAAUGCAGGAAAAACAUGAUAGUCAAUUCAUCUGCUGGUGCAUUGAUAUGAGAAAUCUUGAUUCCAACCUCGCAGCAUGAUUGCACAAGAACAUACCCAUGACAAGGAGGCAAGACGUGUGUAUGUUAAAAGAGAAGAAAACGUCUCAUUACCGACAAUCGGUUCCAUGCAUAGAAAUGGAGCUUGAAGCAAAUUGUUCCAAGAUGAUUUAGCCGUCUGCCGUUUCAUUAAGCCUCGCAUGUGUCGUCUCCCGCUGUUCUUACACAGUGUGCACGUGCCUUCUCCAUUUUCACCGACAAUAGGGGCGGUCCAUGGGUCAGGGGAAGAAGAAGAAAAUAAAGGGACCCAGCACCACUAAUACGCCGCCAAUGGUGCUGGAAUGCAUUUUAUUUUUCUUCCUUUUUCCGCCACUCUCUCAACAGAAAUCAUCCCCGUUCUUUCAGAUUUGGAUCCGUGCGAUCACCAUCGUGUGCUGGACGAUUUCCGCCGCAGUCCACUGUACCAACCGCAGACGCCCCGCGAUGUCCUGUGUGACCGACAACUCUCUGUCGGGUGGUACCGGUUCACCAUACAAAACCGGUCGGCUGAGAUGCCGACCCGCUGCGCUUCGGUCAACUACUGCGGAACUCAGGCACCCCUUUGGUUACGACUGGACGAUGGCCAACGCCUGCCCGAUACGUUCCAGCAAACCCAGCUGACUGCCUGCUCUUCCUGGAGUCGUCAUCAUUACGACGAUGAGGAUGACAGCGUCCCCGUGACCGAAUAUGACGACUGCUGCGCCAUGAAAUACCCCGUUUCCGUUCGCAAUUGUUCCAGCUAUUUCGUCUAUCGACUCCAGCCGACUGAAGCCUGUAAUAUGGCUUAUUGCGCCCAGCUUCCUUCAACGAGCGGAGAUGAUGUUUUCACCUUUGACCGGCCGCCUGAAAUUCACGCCGAUGCCGAUUAUCUCAACUGCUCUAUUGCCAUCAACUCCUCCCAUCACGGCGUUAAGAAAUUCCGUUUCCACUGGAUCGUUUUGUCCGGCACGGGCCAGCAGACGACCGCCCAGACGUCGGCCGAGAAACCGGAACAUUACGACCUCCUACCACGCCACAAAAUCACCGCUGGCAAUAAGGUGAUGUGCCAAGUGGAGGUUAUCGUCGAUGAUGAACCGGAUAGUCCAAUGACGUUGAUGAGCAAUCCGUCUGUUACGAGCUCCGUUUUCACAGCCGGAAUCGUCAUUAGCCCGGGCGUGGAUGAUGUCACUAAAGUGUACAAGAACGGCAGCUUCGUCAAUGUCACCUUGACAGCGACUGUGCCUUUCACCUGCGCCGCCCACAUUAAUCAACACGACUGCCAUUUGACUGUUCAAGUCGUUCAACCGGACGAUGGCCUUUCGCAACCUCUGGCCAUUUCACAGUGCCAGUUAUCGCUCGAUUCUGAAACGACAUCCUCGCCUGUCCAGCAACAUUUUCUCGUUGUCCCCGUCACCGAUUUCGUACGAACGAAUUCGCGUAAACGCCCAGUCGUUCUCCAGCUGGUUGUGAGCAGUUACGGUGACGCCUGGUGGCAUGGGUAUCAAUUACCCAACAUCACCUUCCAGGUUUUGGAUGUCCCUCCCAUUCAAUGUUACGCUUUUACGCAGGGACACGUCAUUAGCGUGGCCGACUCGCUGGAUAAAGUAGAUCAAGCUGGACGCCAUUUACUUUACAGCAAUCGUCAACAAUCAUUUGAAGUUUGGACGGAAUAUCAGCCUUGCUAUUCCGGCAGGAAGGAUGCCUUGUGUAUCUGUUCAGCAGAAGUUCGUUCUUCAUCAGGAGAUGAAACUUUCCUGAUGGAUCGUUGUCAGCCAUUACAUUCAAGGCGAACGACUAAUAGCCCUUAUCAAAUCCUCGGUGGAAGGCGACCUCUUCCAAAAAUGUCGUUGACUGGAAAGGUUCCUAAUGGUCGGAAACAAUUUAAAGUGCUUGAAUCUCGGCAAGGCAAACUCAUCACGGUGGUUUUGGAACACGGAGGAAAAGUCCGCAUUCGUACAGAAGAAUGGGGAAUGUCUGUGUCAGUCGUGGAUGCUGGGCCAGAGCCGGAAGAGCUCACCGAGACGAUUGGUGGACUGUGCAAUCCCGAUAAUAAUAUCCGAUUGGCGGAUUCGAUGAAAACAAAGCAGAAACAAUCUCAAGUUCUUUUUUCGGAGGAAUUUUGCGCUUGCAGACCUUCCCAGGACGCAUACCUUUCCAAUGCCAUUGUAACGAAUCAUCUCAAGUGCGAUCCUGCACUGGAAGACUGCCCACCCGUAUGUCAGCAGCCACAGUCAGUCGUCGAGUGGACAACAUUUUUCAAUUAUUUGGACAUUAGCGAUCAAGUCCGCAUGGAUAUCGAUGACGACAUUAUCAACAGCUUCAAUCUGAUUGACACUCCACAAAGAGAUUCGGCCUCGGUGGAGGAAAACGAUGCGAGAAUUCAACAACAUCCUCCUGCGGUGGAUCAUAACUGGUCAUCUUUCAAGAGUUCCAGUAGCGGCACCAAUCUUGGCCGUGACAUUCACUGGACAGUGGCUAACAGCCGAAAUCGCAGAGAUACUCCAGGAAAAAUGGAUGGAGGCGGCAGCAGCCACCAAACCUGGAAUGACGAAGAAGAGGUCACUCUCUACUGUUCCAAUUUCCUGGUCAAUUCGACCGUGGCGCUCGAAUGUGGACAAUAUCUAGUCGGCAAUUUCAUUAUGAAGGCUAUCCAGAUCUGCGUUGAAGAUGUCAGCCGCAAUGAGGACCCCGCCUGGGCUCAAGAGUCCUUGGGUCUCCUGGAAGAUCAGUGUGAAGUAGAAGCCACAUAUCGAAGAGCUUCUGAUUGGCCACGAAAUAUUCUCGGGCGCCCUGUUAUUCCGCCAAUCAUAAUCGAAGCUCUUAAUUGCCCCAAUCGCUGUUCCCACCAGGGCGUCUGUUUACCUUACGGAUGCGUUUGUCAGCCUGGAUUUUACGGAAGUGAUUGCAGUCUAAUGGAUGAUACUCCUCCACGGAUCGAGAAAGUUGGCGAUGGGGAUGGACUGUGUGAUCUUCGCGCAAGCGACUGCCGGAAAAUCGAAAUCGUUGGUAGUGGAUUCAUUGAUUCAUCCCGUUUGAAUUGCCAGAUACAUCCAGGCCGCUAUGACGGGUCCAGUUGGCAACGUGGCAGCUAUAACAACCGCAGCAUUCCGUCAUCGGCUCAGUUUAUUGAUCAAGAACGAAUUAUUUGCCACUUGCUGGUGACGGGCUCAAAUCGUCGCCACGUGCUGGACGAUGUCAGCGAAGAGUUGCACUUGGAAAUCCGCGUCACCAACGACGGCAUCCGUUAUAGUGUACCAACAAGUCGACUUACCAUCUACCACUCUGGAUGUCGAUCGUGCCCAGCCAAAAAAGACAGCUGGCCAUUAUGUGGUGAUCGGGAAGACGUAUGUUAUCUGGACAACUCUUGCUACCCAGACGGGGAGGUCAAUCCGCAUAAUCCGUGCCAGAGCUGUAGUUUGGAUCAUCCCCAAUCCUGGAGCCUUAAUCCCAACAACUUACCCCCUGUCGUCUCUAAUCGGCUGAAAACGACAGCCUACGAUGGCCAGGUGUUAGAGUACUUCAUCCAUGCUGUAGAUCAAGAUCCGCUGCAUUUUGGAUUGGUCGAUCCGCUUUCCGACGCCCAAGUCACGCCGGAAGGAAUUUUCCGCUGGAAGGCCGUCUCAAAUGCGCUGUCUCCAUUCAAUCACGAGAAUUUUGCACUCACCGUUUCCGACCAAUGUAAUCAUCCUGUUCAUUUCCAUCUACACGUCGAUGUACUACCCUGUCCGUGCCUAAACGGAGGUACGUGCCGUAAUCCGCCAGACGAUUUCAUCACGUCCAAUCAGAUCGAUCCGACUUACCGCUGCCACUGCAGAGAGGGGUUCACAGGCCCAGAUUGCGGCAUUCGGAUCGAUUUCUGCGACCCUAACCCCUGCCGUGAUGGAUUAUGCUUGAACGAAGUCGAUGGCUAUGUCUGCGACUGUUUCUUAGGCUUUAAAGGCAUCCAUUGCGAUCAAAAGGAUGAAUCCUUAAUCGAGAAUGCUCUCUCUCCAAUCAUGAUAACUAAGCACAACGAUACUUUUUCCAAACAAGACGGUUGUACGGUUCCUUGUCAAAAUGGAGGGACUUGUAUGAGGCGGAAUCGUUGCCAAUGUCCCGAAGGCUUUGUAGGUAGACAAUGCCAGUGGACUGCGCCAACGUGUCAUCCAAGCUGCCUUAAUGGCGGACACUGCAGCCGCCGGAAAGUUUGCGCAUGCAAAAAAGGCUGGACUGGUUCUCGUUGUGAAACUGCGAUUUGUGGGCAGCCUUGUUUGAAUGGAGGUGUUUGCUCAGCUCCUGGCAAAUGCACAUGUCCAGAUGAAUAUCAUGGAUCCAGAUGUCAAAAAGCUAUAUGCAAACCAAAAUGUCGAAGAGGUGGUAAAUGCAUUGGACCGGGAAUAUGUCUCUGUCGGGCAGGUUUCGGUGGAUCAAACUGCGAACUGCGUCUGUCAUCAGCUGGGAAAAGAAAUUGGAAGAAAGCAAACUCUGUCGGUAAAGCCAAGGCCAUUUUCCUGGAAACUUGAAAGAAUGAAAAACAUAAUUAUUGUAUCUUAACAAUUCACUCGAUCUUACUUCGUAAUCGGCUCGUAAAUUUUCUUCUUUGAACCCAACCAAUACCGAGUCGUUAACGUAUUUAACUUGCCGUCACGUCAAUUUUACACAAUGGUUAUUGUGUGUGUAGCUGGGACUUGGCCGAAUGUUGUAGCCCACUUUGCUCACUGCCAUCUGUACAGUAAUUUUUUUUUCCUUUUUUGUAUUAUUAUUAUUUUUUUUUUUUUUGCCCUACGAAAUGGAGGAUCAAACAUUGUCGCGACUUACAUCACAAUACAAUAACUAUUUUAUUUCUAGA